GUCCUCCCUUGCCAGAGGGCAAGCUGUAUCAGUGACAGGUCAGUCAAGGUCAGUGAGGCUCUGUCCAAGCAAGGAUUCCCAAUCAUCUCGAUCCCCAAAUAUAUCCCAUCGCCAGCCUCCUUACUGCAGCCCAGACUCGACGACUCGACAACUUCCUCGAUCUAUAUCUCCAAUCAUCUCCCCAGUCCAUCCGCUUCGUUGCCGUCACCACACCAUCAUCAUCGACUGGACGGACCAACUCCCCAUGCAGACUAAUUCCUUGGUGCGGUCGGCGGGCAAAGGGAUCCGACACUCGACCAGUCACUGCCAGCAGGGCCAGUCUGUCAGCCGGUUUCUCCGCUGGGUGAUUUAGUCCCGAUCUAUCUCAAUCGGGACUAACAUGAAAUCCUUCGAGGCAGGCAGCAAUGCCUGUCUGUCUGUCGGUUUGGUUUGUCGGCUCAGGCCUCAACCCUGGUCUGCCAGCAUCUCGGCAGCCUCACAGCCGCAGCCCAGCCAGCGCGCUCAGCCUAAUGAGAGGUGACGAUGAAGUCAUCUGUCUCUGUUUCCUUUUCCCCUCGGGGGGUUGCCCCGUGUGCCCCGCGGGACUUUUCUUUCAUUUUCCUUUUGAAAUCUUUAUUGGUUUGUUUUAUUUGUUUUGUGCUUUUUUAUGUCAUUUAAUGUGUUCUUCUUUUUGCCCCAUUCUCGACAUAAUAUGCCAAAGUAACUACGGACUAUCCUGGUGCGACAUUUUCUUCCUCGGCGGAGCGACCCGAUUGUCAUACGAGUUCUCGCAAGUCAGAAAAUGGACGAGUUCACCGUAUCUCCCACCUCCAUGGACCAGUGUCCCCUCAGUUGACCAACAAUGGGAAACCAACCAACCAGAAAGCUGGAUUGCUGGAGUGACCUGCAGUUGGCAAAUCCCCAGGAAAACCCCGGAAAGUUUUUAUUUUUUUUUUCUCGUGGGGACGGCCGAGAGAGGGAGACAAAAGUGGAGGCGCGACCUGCGACUGGCUCCGUAGUGAACCGUGUUUGUGUUCUGGGUGGGUCAGCGUCUAGUCCAGCAGGGAACUGGCAAGUUCAAGGAGGGGAGGGAGGAUCUCUCUUUAACUUUUGGAUCCUCCCCUUUGACACGGCAGGGGCAGUUGGGAAGAGAAUUCAGAGUCUCCAUGGUUCAUGGGUUGAUGGCGGACAGGAACCGCUCCUUAUACAGUCUAGGGGCUUUUUAUCAUUCGAUUGAUUUAAAUAUGUCGAGGUAAUUAUAGAUUUGGACACAGGAUGAUACUUGUCCUACCUGGCAAUCCAACGUCGGUGGAUCGUAUUCUCCUUGGUCUGUGUCAGAUUUGGAUUCUUUGUUGGAUCUCAGAUGAGAAGCGAGGAUGGAGAUUAUAUUAAUUAAUUCGAAUUAUAAAUAUAAAUAUCAAGAUCA